ACAAUGAAUGCCAAUAUAUAUAUAUAAACCAGUUAUAGAGAUAUUUGUCCGUGACAAAUAACUUCAUACAAUUACACCCAUCAGAACCACCAUGGUACGCCUCGUUGUCAGCAGGAUAGAAGCAGGAUUUGCUACGCUUAUAACAGACGAUCACCACUUUCUUGAGCUACCUUUGCACGUGUGCGAUCCUAGUAUCGAAGUGGGCACUGUCAUCUAUGCCGAUAUAACCCGUAACGAGGAUGCAGAAAGAGAGAACUUAGAGAAAGUAUCGGAACUUCAGAAGAGUUUACUGAAGAAAUACGAGCACGCAGACAUAUGAGAUGACUCCAGAAUUUAAUCUAAAUGCAACCGUAGACGACUCCUACCAGUAUAAAGUAAUGAAUUUAUCUUUAUUGUCGUCAGUUCACUUCAGAUUUUAAAUCUGAUUGCACCCGUAGACGACUCACACUAGUGUGAAGUAAUAAGUGCAUCAAUAUCUCCAAUUCACUUCAGAUUUUAAAUCCAAAUGCGAUCGUAGACGACUGCUACUAAAUUCAUUUCAUAUGUAAAUGCAACCGUAGACGUCUCCUACCAGUGUAAGGUAAUAAAUUUAUCGUUGUCUCCAA